ACCAACUAGCAAUCAUUUGGUUAUAUAAUAAUGGAGUCUGGUGCUAUGUCAGUUUUAAUCCUUUGUCCUUUUCCUCUCAUUAGUCUCAACAAACUUGAUUCCAUUUUGGUGUAGGGUCCUUAUACGUACUGUGAUAACCACCUGGCAGUUUGCUAGGCCAGCGAAGACUUUUCUAACAGAAACACAAAAUGGAGUCUGAGAAAAAAGGAGAAGGGAUUGUGAAGGUGGAACCAAAACCAAGUAAUGGUUUUACUUCAAAAGCUGUUGAUUUGUUAGAGAAGCUUAUUGUCAAGUUAUUCUAUGAUUCUUCACUUCCUCAUCACUGGCUUGCUGGUAAUUUUGCACCUGUUAAAGAUGAGACACCUCCUGUUAAGGAUCUUCCUGUUAAAGGACACCUUCCGGAUUGCUUGAAUGGAGAGUUUGUUAGGGUGGGAUCCAAUCCGAGGUUUGCUCCCGUGGCUGGAUAUCAUUGGUUUGAUGGAGAUGGAAUGAUUCAUGGUUUGCGUAUCAAAGAUGGAAAAGCUACAUAUGUUUCCCGCUUUGUGAAAACUUCUCGUUUUAAACAAGAAGAAUACUUUGGAGGCUCUAAAUUUAUGAAGAUUGGAGAUCUCAAAGGUCUAUUUGGACUGUUAAUGGUUAACGUGCAAAUGUUGCGAGCUAAACUGAAAGUACUGGAUGUUUCUUAUGGACAUGGAACAGCUAAUACAGCUCUCGUAUAUCACCAUCAAAAGCUUCUAGCACUCUCAGAAGGAGACAAACCUUAUGCUAUUAAAGUUUUUGAAGAUGGUGAUUUGCAGACACUUGGUCAGCUAGAUUAUGACAAGAGAUUGGGCCAUAGCUUCACUGCUCAUCCAAAAGUUGACCCAUUUACCGGAGAGAUGUUUACAUUUGGAUAUUCACAUACACCACCAUAUAUCACAUAUAGAGUAGUUUCAAAGGAUGGUUUUAUGCAUGAUCCUGUUCCCAUAACAAUAUCAGAUCCAAUUAUGAUGCAUGACUUUGCCAUCACAGAGAAUUAUUCAAUAUUUAUGGAUCUUCCUCUGUACUUUAGGCCAAAGGAAAUGGUGAAGAAUAAGACAUUGAUAUUCUCUUUUGAUUCAACCAAGAAAGCUCGUUUUGGUGCCCUACCUCGAUAUGCUAAGGAUGAGAAUCUUAUUAGAUGGUUUGAACUACCAAACUGCUUCAUAUUCCACAAUGCCAAUGCUUGGGAAGAGGAGGAUGAAAUUGUCUUGAUCACGUGCCGCGCAGAGAAUCCAAAUUUGGACCAGGCCAACGGGGCCAUCAAGGAAAAGCUUGAAAAUAUCACAAAUGAGCUGUAUGAAAUGAGAUUUAACAUGAAAACCGGUGAAGCUUCUCAAAAGAAACUAUCAGCAUCUGCUGUAGACUUCCCUAGGGUGAAUGACAGCUACACUGGCAGGAAACAACGAUUUGUAUAUGGAACUACAUUAGACAGCAUUGCUAAGGUUACUGGGAUUAUUAAAUUUGAUUUGCACGCCAAACCGGAUUUGGGAAAAUCUAAGCUUGAAGUUGGAGGAAAUGUUCAAGGUCUUUACGACUUGGGACCAGGAAGGUUUGGCUCGGAGGCUGUUUUUGUUCCACGCGUCCCUGGCACUGAUUCUGAAGAAGAUGAUGGAUACUUGAUCUUAUUUGUACAUGAUGAGAAUACCGGGAAAUCAUUCGUGCAUGUUAUCGAUGCAAAAACAAUGUCAGCAGAUCCUGUUGCAGUUGUAGAAUUGCCUCAAAGAGUUCCAUAUGGUUUCCAUGCUUUAUUUGUGACAGAGGAUCAACUGCAAGAACAGGCUAAAUUGUAAACAUGUGGACAAACCUCAUUGCAUUUCAUUGCACUGCCUCAAUCUGUGUACAAAUCUUUCUACAAACCAUAUAGUAUUUGUUUGGAUAUUCUACAAUGGAAUAGAGUUUCCAUUUUAUCAUUUGCAAAGUGAACAAAACAGAAGGAAUCAUACUUAUUCAUAUAUCUUCUUUAUCUUUGACA